AUGAAGUUCAACAUCAUCAUACUGGCUUUUUGUCUAGUGAUAACGCUACGAAUAGACGUUCAAGCGAGUACUUCACCUGGUCAUACGACCGGACACCGUGAAGGGUCUGAACAGCACAACAACCCUGGCAAUUCAUCUCCAAGAAUCAGUCAUAGCGCACAUUCUCGCGAUCCAAUCAUUUGGCAUGACAAACAUAUCAUUCACAUGGGAGAUACAGGUUAUUCAAGCAGUAGCUCAAGUGACAGCUCAAACCACCCACGUCGAUCACCAAGAAUUCGAGAACAAAACCAGUCACGUUCAAGAACAUCAUCACAACGUGGUGCUUCAAGCCAAUCGCUACGGGCAACAUUACCAACGAGAACAAGAGAUAUCGAUGCAUCUCCACCGCAUACGACAAACUCACAAAGCAAUCGGCCACCACUUAGUAUAGCUGCAAGAAGAAGUCGACGUAUGAGUGCUCAUAUUUUUCGCGAUACAAUAGCUUCAGCUGCACAAAAUGAUGUGAGCAACAACUCGGGUACGUCAUACGACCAGACUGCAUGGAUGAUCGAAGCAAUGACGUUGAAUGAGGAAAGGUCAAGACAACGACGAGACGGGAGUAGAAGCGCUCCUAGUACUCCUAAUAGUAAUACUUCUUCACAGUCUUAUUCUCCUAUGGCUAUACUUAGAAGGUUGCAGCGGCCUAGAGGACAAUGA